UAUAAAUAUGGGACUAGUCGGAGGUGAGUAAUCCCCAUCAACAUACUCUCAAUAAUUCACCAGAUCACCAGACUAAGACCAUAUCGGCUGCAUCAUGCUUUGCUUCUGGAAAUACUUUUUCGCCUCACCAGCUUCAGAAUCUCCGGCUAAUACCAACAUCGGCGUUGAACCCGGCCCCGAGUCAUCUAGUGAAAACUCAUCAUCUGAAGGUCACACGUCGCUUCAGUCUGACUCCAUUACGACGAGUGGUAGUUCGACAUCAACCGAUACAGAUGGUCCUGCGGCCUCCACCAAUACUUCUGUGACCGAGCAAUCCACCGUUAAUGCUGCCAUAGUACCACCCCCGGCUCAGGAUAAUCUACGUGCUCGACUGCGUGACAUAGACUGCGUGGACUUUGAUUGCAACUCGAAUGUUGGGUCACCCACCAUAAAUUUUGACUCGGAUGAAGCUACUGGAGCAACAUUCACCACUCCACAGAACAUGUUCCGACCACAGCGACCGCCCUCCACAGUGGCUCAUCGCCCUCAAAUGGUUCACGCAAGAAGGCGUGAGCGAGUCACGUACUUUGGCCCUGGAACUGAAGUGGAUAGCCCGACUAUCAAUAUCCGAUCUAAGCGUGCUUCCGGUGCCAUGUAUAAUAAUAAUUGAUACGGUCGUUCCUAAUAGUAGUCACCAGUAUCAUAGCUUGAAGUAGGUGGAAAUGUGUUAGUGACCGCAUGUUGGCAAUUUUGCACGAGAUAUUUACUAUGGGUCUGUCUUGAACCUGGCGCCAGUUCUAAGAAUGCGACACAAGUUAUUUAGAUCCUUCAAACUCAUUGGCAGCUGAAUCGGAUGAGAAAAUGUAAUUUAUACUAACAACUGUUGCUCGGCACUCGGUUGCUCUAGAGUAGACGGGGCCAAC